UCAGGACAAUCUAUUGGACUCAAUCGGUCUAAAUUCUGAAGGAAGUUACUUGGAUUCACUACAACACAUAUUUCAACAGAAAUCAAUUAUUCAAAAGGGAACAUUCAGGAAUCAAGAAAUCACAGGAAAUUGCAUCACAACACACGCUCAGCAUUGAGCAAUAGGGAGAUUGGAAAUCCUCCAACUACCAAACAUGGGGAAAAAGGUAGAGACGUUGAUCCUGGUCAUGCUUGCAUCACAUUAUGCAAUUGCGCAAUCGUCGUCAUCAACAACUGAAGCAACAGAAUCAACCACAAGUGGAGCAACAGAAUCAACAACAACUGCAGUAACAGAAUCAACCACAAGUGGAGUAACAGAAUCAACAACAACUGCAGUAACAGAAUCAUCCACAACUGGAGAAACAACAACUGGAGCAACAGAAUCAACCACAACUGGAGCAACAGAAUCAACAGCAACUGCAGUAACAGAAUCAUCCACAACUGGAGAAACAACAACUGGAGAAACAGAAUCAACCACAACUGGAGCAACAACAACUGGAGAAACAGAAUCAACCACAACUGGAGCAACAACAACUGGAGUAACAGAAUCAACCACAAGCGGAAUAACAGAAUCAACUACAUCUGAGACUACAUUAUCACAAACAACUGAAGCAACUGAAUCAUCUACAACUGCAGCAACAGAAUCGACCACAACUGAAGACACAACUACAACUGGAGCAACAGAAUCAACCACAAUUGGAACAACUGAAUCAACCACAACUGGAGCAACAGAAUCAACCACAGCUGAAGUAACAACAACUGGAGUAACAGAAUCAACCACAACUGGAGCAACAGAAUCAGCAACUGCAGUAACAGAAACAACCACAGCUGGAGUAACAACGACUGGAGCAACAGAAUCAACCACAGCUGUAACAACACCUUCACCAACAACUGAAGCAACAGAAUUAACCACAACUGAAGUAACAAUGACUGGAGCAACAGAAUCAACCACAGAUGUUACAACAACUUCACCAACAACUGAAGCAACAGAAUCAACCACAAUUGGAGCCACUGAAUCAACAACAACUGCAGUAACAGAAUCAACCAUAACUGGAGUAACAACGACUGGAGCAACAGAAUCAACCACAGGUAUAACGACACUAUCACCAACAACUGAAGGAACAGAAUCAACCACAAUUGGAGCCACUGAAUCAACAACAACUGCAGUAGCAGAAUCAACCACGACUGGAGCAACAGAAUCAGCCACAGGUAUAACGACACCGUUACCAACAACUGAAGCAACAGAAUCAACCACAAUUGGAGCAACUGAAUCAACCACAACUGGAGUAACAACGACUGGAGCAACAGAAUCAACCACAGCUGUAGCAACAACUUCACCAACAACUGAAGCAACAGAAUCAACCACAAUUGGAGCCACUGAAUCAACAACAACUGCAGUAGCAGAAUCAACCACGACUGGAGCAACAGAAUCAACCACAGGUAUAACGACACCGUCACCAACAACUGGAGCAACAGAAUCCACCACAAGUGAAAUUACGGAAUCAAUUACAUCUGUGACUACACCAUCAUCAUCAACUGAAGCAACAGAAUCGACCACAACUGGAGAAACACAAUCAACCACAAUUGGAGCAACUGAAUCAACAACAACUGCAAUAACAGAAUCAACAACAACUGCAAUAACAGAAUCAACCUCAACUGGAGUAACAACGGUUGGAGCAACAGAAUCAACCACAGCUGUAACGACACCUUCACCAACAACUGAAGCAACAGAAUCAACCUCAAUUGGAGCAACUGAAUCAACAACAACUGCAAUAACAGAAUCAACCACAACUGAAGUAACAACUGAAGCAACAGAAUCAACCACAAUUGGAGUAACAGAAUCCACCACAAGUGGAAUAACAGAAUCAAGUACAUCUGUGAUUACACCACCACCAUCAACUGGAGUAACAGAAUCAACCACGGCUGCAGUAACAGAAACGACCACAAAUGGAGUAACAGAGUCAACCACAACUGGAGUAACAGAUUCGACUUCAACUGGAGCAACAGAAUCGACCACAAUUGGAGCAACAAAAUCAACCACAAUUGGAGUAACAGAAACGACCACAAAUGGAGUAACAGAGUCAACCACAACUGGAGUAACAGAAUCGACCACAACUGGAGCAACAGAAUCGACCACAAUUGGAGCAACACAAUCAACCACAAUUGGAGUAACAGAAUCGACCACAGCUGCAGUAACAGAAACGACCACAAAUGGAGCAACAGAAUCAACCACAACAGGAGUAACAGAAUCGACCACAACUGGAGCAACCGAAUCAACCACAACUGGAACAACAGAAUCGACCACAAUUGGAGCUACACAAUCAACCACAAUUGGAGUAACAGAAUCGACCACAACUGGAGCUACACAAUCAACCACAAUUGGAGUAACAGAAUCGACCACAGCUGCAGUAACAGAAUCGACCACAAUUGGAGUAACAGAAUCGACCACAGCUGGAGCAACACAAUCAACCACAACUGGAGCAACACAAUCAACCACAACUGGAGCGACAGAAUCAACCGCAACGGGAGUAACAGAAUCGACCACAACUGGAGCAACACAAUCAACCACAACGGGAGUAACAGAAUCAACCACAACUGGAGCAACAGAAUUGACCACAACUGGAGCAACACAAUCAACCACAACGGGAGUAGCAGAAUCAACCACAACUGGAGCGACAGAAUCGACCACAACUGGAGCAACACAAUCAACCACAACGGGAGCAACAGAAUCGACCACAACUGGAGCAACACAAUCAACCACAACAAGAGUAACAGAAUCAACCACAACUGGUGCAACAGAAUUGACCACAACUGGAGCAACACAAUCAACCACAACGGGAGCAACAGAAUCGACCACAACUGGAGCAACACAAUCAACCACAACAGGAGUAACAGAAUCAACCACAACUGGUGCAACAGAAUUGACAACAACUGGAGCAACACAAUCAACCACAACUGGAGCAACACAAUCAACCACAACUGGAGCAACACAAUCAACCACAACUGGAGUAACAGAAUCGACCACAACUGGAGCAACACAAUCAACCACAACUGGAGCAACAGAAUUGACCACAACUGGAGUAACAGAAUCGACCACAAAUGAAGCCACAGAAUCAACCACAACGGGAGUAACAGAAUCGACCACAACUGGAGCAACACAAUCAACCACAACUGGAGCAACAGAAUUGACCACAACUGGAGUAACAGAAUCGACCACAACUGGAGCAACAGAAUUGACCACAACGGGAGUAACACAAUCGACCACAACUGGACCAACACAAUCGACCACAACUGGAGCAACACAAUCGACCACAACUGGAGCAACAGAAUCGACCACAACUGGAGCAACACAAUUGACCACAACUGGAGUAACAGAAUCAACUACAACUAGAGUAACACAAUCGACCACAACUGGAGUAACAGAAUCGACCACAACUGGAGUAACAGAAUCAACUACAACUAGAGUAACAGAAUCAACCACAACGGGAGUAACAGAAUCGACCACAACUGGAGCAACACAAUCGACCACAACUGGAGUAACAGAAUCGACCACAACUAGAGUAACAGAAUCAACCACAACUGGAGCAACACAAUCGACCACAACUGGAGUAACAGAAUCGACCACAACUGGAGCGUCAGAAUCGACCACAACUGGAGUAACAGAAUCGACCACAACUGGACCAACACAAUCGACCACAACUGGAGCAACACAAUCGACCACAACUGGAGCAACACAAUCGACCACAACUGGAGCAACAGAAUCGACCACAACUGGAGUAACAGAAUCAACCACAACUGCAGUAACACAAUCAACCACAACUGGAACAACUGAACCUACCCCAUCUGUAGUAACACAGUCAACUACAACUGGAGUAGCAGACACUAUUAUUCGUUCGUCUCCUGUUUAUCAGAUUGAGAUUUUGAUUUUGAACAUAAACUUUAUUGAAGCUUUAAACAACUCACAGAGCCCAGAGUUCCGGGCGCAAGCAGAAGAGAUUGAACGUCCAUUUGAUGUGAUCUAUAGUGCACGUUACGGUGGAUCGUUUCGGCAGACUGUUGUUAGAGCUUUCAGGCUGUCUUCUCGCAACCAAAUGGACAACGUUGAGACAGACGUUGAUCUUGAGUUCAAUGCAGAUUCAACAGAACCCCUCCCUGAAAGUUCCGAUGUGGUUCAAACCUUGAAUUCCGCCCUGAUCAACUCCAAUUCAGGCUUUAAUCUGACUGUGUCUACUGACAUUGUUGUUAAAAGUGCACCUCGCUCAACAGCCAUUCCUGAGUUCCGCACAGAUGAAACAUUUACUGCGGAUCUUUCCAACACCAGUUCCGCUGCCUUCCAGAACAGAUCUUCCCUCAUCAAAAGAGAGCUUGAGCCCUUUUUCAUUGAAGACUUCCAGUCAGAUUUCAUCAGCCUCACACCAAGAAGCUUCCGCGAUGGCUCAAUUAUCCACACAACAGACAUUACUGUGACUGCCAACGCCACCUUCCCCAAUGACACACAGAUUAUAGCUACUUUGAAAAGAGCUGCCUUGAGUGGAAGUUUGUCAUUUACCAUCACCUUCAUCAAUGGCACAGCUGUAGCACCACUAUCAACCACAGCUGGACCAACACAAUCAACCACGACUGGAGUAACACAGUCAACUACAGCUUUAACUACACAAUCAACCACAACUGGAGUCACACAAUCAACCACAAUUGGAACUACACAAUCAACCACAACUGGAGUCACACAAUCAACCACUACUGGAGCAACACAAUCAACCACAACUGGAGUCACACAAUCAACCACAACUGGAGUCACACAAUCAACCACAACUGGAACUACACAAUCAACCACAACUGGAGUCGCACAAUCAACCACAACUGGAGCAACACAAUCAACUACAACUACCGUACCUCCUACCACAACUACGAUAACCCAAGCCCCUUCUACAGCUAUGACAUCCCAGGCCCCUACUACAACUACGACAACCCAAGCCCCUACAACAACAACCCAAGCCCCUACUACAACUAUGACAACCCAAGCCCCUACCAUAACUACAACCACUACAACUACAUCAACAACAACAACCCAAGCCCCUACUACAACAACAACAACAACCCAAGUCCCUACUACAACAACAACAACAACAACCCAAGCCCCUACUACAACAACAGCAACAACAACCCAAGCCCCUACUACAACAACAACAACAACCCAAGUACCUACUACAACAACAACAACGACAACCCAAGCCCCUACCACAACAACAACAACCCAAGCCCCUACAACAACAACAACAACAACAACAACAACCCAAGCCCCAACAACCACAACUCGUCCAGCUCCUACUAUUGCGGUUCAGGCUGUUAUUGUCAUAGUAUUCACAGAGGCUCUUACCAACCCACAGAGCCCAGAGUUCCAGCAGCAAGCAGUUGUAGUUCAAACUGCAUGUGAUGUGAUCUAUAGUGCACGCUAUGGUGUAUUGUUUGUGCGGACUAUUGUUAUAGCUUUCAGGCUGUCUUCUCGUAACCGAAUGGACAACGUUGAGACAGAUGUUGAACUUGUGUUCAAUGCGGAUUCAACAGAACCCAUCCCUGAAAGUUCCGAUGUGGUUCAAACCCUGGCUACCGCCGUGGAAAACCCCAAUUCAGGCUUUAAUCUGACUGUGGUUCCCGGCUCCAUUGUUGUUACAAGUGCACCUCGCUCAACAGGCAUUCCUCAAUUCCGAACCAAUGACACAUUUACUGCUGAUCUUUCAAUUACUUCUUCUGCAGCCUUCCAGAGCAGAGCUUCACUCAUCAAAAGAGAGCUUGAGCCCUUUUUCAUUGAAGACUUCCAGUCAGAUUUCAUCAGCCUCACACCAUCAGGCUUCAGAAAUGGCUCAAUUAUCCAUUCGACAGACAUUACUGUGACUGCCAAUGCCACAUUCCCCAAUGACACACAGAUUAUAACCACUUUGACUAGAGCUGCGUUGAGUGGAAAUUUGUCAUUUACCAUCACCUUCAUCAAUGGCACAGCGGUGUCAGCUGGUGAAGUCAGCAGCAGUGUUAACCUCCUGAGUGCCUGUGGACUCACCAUCAUGUCUCUCCUUGCUGGUCGGGCCUGGUAGACUACUCCGGUGGUAUCACUCUCACAUCCUGCUUGUAUUUCAUGUCUGUCUGUUGGUGUGUUACAUUGUGAGAUUGUAAGACCUCGAUAAGCUGAAUGUUUUAUAUCUAUAUAUUAGUUUUGAUGAAUGAAGAGAGGACAAACAGGCAUGUGCUGUAACUGCACUGACUUGAGUCGAUGAUCACAUGUAUACCUCAAACUGUUGAUAUUCACUUUUUUUUCAGGGAGUAUUCUGACAAAUUCUGUCAGAAUGAUUAGAAUACUGUAACAGGGUAAACUUAAAAAAAUAGGUUGUUAUAGAAUUAGAAAAAAUAAAAAUACCAACCAAAAUUCAAUGUUAACUGUUUUGCUAAAAGUAAAUGUUGUAUCAUGUGGGAGAGAUGCAGGCUUAGAACUCCCUUUUGUCAGCUGACUCCUUCAAUAUGUUGUGUUUUCCUACUGUGAUUCAUUUGAGUAAAGUAACUCAUUAAUUGUCCUCAAUCUAUUGACUUUGUUUAUUUAUGCUGAACUAUUUAAUGUGCUGUGGAGAAUCUAAAUGUUUGAUAUGCAGAGCUUGCUAUUUUACAGUAAUGUAUAGUCUACUAAUAAAAUAAAGUAGUUUUAGAAUAAACAAACAAUA